CCUAAUUCGGUUACACUGACUUAGGUUCUUCCGUUAGAGGAGCUUUUUGGCGUCUUUUCAAGUAGUUUGGUCAUGUUUCGGAAUGUUUCGGGUAAACUGGUGACAGAAACUGUUCGUGUUCACCGCUAUGUGAAACAUGCACCUUUGAUACGGAGGGUAACACCCUCGUCUGUGUCUGUCAGGAGCUUUACGGAUGUGAAGGACGAAGCGCAGCCGCCGUUUGACGCCUCCCUGCUCGAUUUCCUCGUAUGUCCGCUGUCUAAGAAGCCACUGAGAUACGAGGCUAAGACCAAUGAGCUGAUCAACGAGGAACUUGGCAUCGCCUACCCCAUCUCAGACGGCAUCCCCAACAUGAUCCCUCAGGAAGCCAGACUCAUUCAGAAAGACGCCGACAGCUCGACCACACCAACGCAAGAAUAGAAGCACCAUCACAAACAAAACCAACCCAAUGGACGAGAACUUCCCCCAAGGCUGCACCAGCAGCAACAGUCUGUGUUUCUACAGUCUGCUUCUGCCGGUCACCAUCCCCGUCUAUGUCUUC